CGGGGGGGUUUGGGGGGGUACACACACACACACACACAGUGCCGGCGCGCUAUGGCACCGUCAGCGGGUCUGGUGGUGGCGACCUGGGACGCCCUGCUGAGCCUUCUGGUCUGCACUCCGCUGGUGGUCGCCCACUGGCGCGCCGUCUGGUUCCUCCUGGACUGGUUCGUGCUGCCGCAGCGACCUCUGGUAAGCGGCUGGCUUUGCUGCGUCAUCGGCCACGCGUUCGUGCUGGUCGCCCACCUGGUCCAGCACAACCUCGGCUCGCUCGGAGACGACGACGUCGUCGCCCCCCGCGACGCCAAGGGCCGGCAGCGCCGUCAGUGGCCGUGGCGGGAGUUUGCCGGUCGCCUCUACACCCCUCUGCUGUCGGUGGCCACGAUUGCACAGUGGCGCGGCAUCUGGCUGCUCCACGACCUGUACCUCGUCGAAGCCGGUCCGUUGCCGUCGGCGCUGGUCUCGCUGGUCCUGGGUAGCGUGGGCCUGGCGCUGGCGGGGUCCUUGAAGACGAUGGCGGCCUCGCCGCCCUUCGCUUUCGGAAGCGACGUGCCGUGGGCCUACUUCGAGGCGCCGACGAGGCUCGGUCGCCGCCCGGACCGCGAAGGCGGCUGGCCCUGGUUCGUGGCCGACUGCGCUCUAACGGUGGUGGUGCUGCACACGUUGCUGGUUAGCGGAUGGAGGGGUCUCUGGGCUCUCCUGGACGCGCUGAGGAGGUCGCCGACGGCGUCGCUCGCGUCCGGCGCCACGGCCGGAGUGUUGCUGCUGGUCGCGCAGACGCCGGCGGGCAUCUUGUGGCAGCGCCUAGGCGGGGAGCCCGAAGCCCCCGAGAACGUCUUGAACGGGGAGGCUGGAGUUUCCAAGGUCAUGCUGGAUGGAGAAGCCAGACCCUCCGAGAACGCGGCAAGAGGCCUGUCCUGGAUGCAACGUCUGUUCGAGGAACUCUGGCACCUGGCAGCAACAUAUGCCUGCGUGUCUGUCUGGCGAGGGAUUUGGAUGCUCGUCGAUGAAUGGCUCCAGGACGAUGUGUCCGCAUUUGCACUGCUGGCCACUGGAACGUUCCUGCUACUGCAAAGUCUGUACGCAGCCAACAAUGUUCUCACACGAGGUGUCUCCAUCGACGGACAGGGUGUUGCAUUUGACAUUGCUUUUCUGGCGGAGCUCCUCACAGCUCCGUCUUCCGGUCUAUCUUGACUAGCUCCACCUCGAACGUCAGUGUUGCGUCACCUGUGUUUUGAGGCGAAAGCUUUAGACGCUGUAUCUGGCUGCUGCGGCCAGCUGAGAAUGUCGUGAAAGUCUGCUUCGCUCUGUGUUAGCUAGGCAAAGGCAGGUGAACGAAAGUACAGCAGCAAUGUGGUCAAAGAAACACAGAGAUUAGCAAUAGUUCCAGAAAAAACAAAGUUGUGGAUGUACAUGCAGCCAAAAUGAGCAGCUGGCAUAUCGCUAAUACCUCCAGGCCAUCAAAAGCCAAAAGGUGGACCAAUAGGCCAAGUGAAGCAUCACCUGUGAGUCACAAGUGAUCCACGUGGGGACUCUCCCCGUAUGAUGCUUUACAUGCAGAGGAUGCACACUACACUCACCACUGCACCCAUGCCCCAGUCAGGUGUACAUAGAAGCGAAGUGUGGCAUGAUUCAACGUAAACACUCAAAGGACUCCAUGUGUAACGGAUGCGACUUCUUUUACUAGUUCGUGCCAGCGCUAUUUAUUGAGGCCAUCUGGUUAUGCUUGUGCUUUUGUUUGUACCAGGGUCAAGGACGUGUCCUAGUCAUGAUACCACUUAUGCAUGAGACGAAAAUUGUAGGAUGCGUGCUGUGCGAUGUUCUUUAGGCCGCUUAUGCUGUGCCAGUUACGUAGUGUACAAAGUAAUAACGCACAUAACAUAGUGCUUCUACAUCCUCAGACGAGGCAAGAAAGUAGACGACACUGGGCCACGGUGCUUUAACGAAUUCAGCCACAGCUAGUGAAUGAAACAUGCUCUUUACAGUGUUCACCCCCCCCCCCCCAUCUCCCCCUCUUGCUGUGUAAAUGACAGAGCUUAGCUAAAAUGCAGCUUGUCUCAAGUGUCAUCAGUUCGAAAGGUCCACAAAGUAGAGUUCUGGAGUGCCGGGAAGCACACCGGACUAGGUUAACAUCCCGGAAGACUUAACUGUUAUUAGUACCCCGGCCACAUGGGGCACUUAAUCAUGACUGAAUCCUAUCACGAUUGGCUCAUCAUAAAUUUCCUAUCACGAUUGGCUGCUCUGAGCAAGGUGUGGAAUGGAGCCAGUCGUGAUCAAGAAAUUUGAUCCUGAUCAGGCUCAAUCACAAAUGAAAGUGCCCAGUGAGAACAAGGUAUAACUCAUUUGGCCCGAAUGGUUUAUCACUGAUGUUUUGAACUGUUAAACAUGGUUUGUGCAAUUGUGUACUCCAGAAACAAGACUGAUUUAUAAACUGUGCUUUUGAAUGUAUCACAAAAGCACUGCGUACUCCAAGACGCUUACACAGCCCAGUCUUCCAGUCUAUCAUGAUGGAGAGCAGAGGCGUCGUGCGAUGGUUUGCGUGUUCACCUGCUGAUUAAGGUAUCAAGAACUUGCAGCUGCAUCACAGGCACGAAGCCGUGGAAAUAGCAAACUAUAUUUUGCAUGUUAAAAAAUUGAAGCUUGCUGCGGCAUUAAACCUCAUUUUUCUUUCUAUAA